AGCGGCGACGAGCGAGCCGAGAGCAGCGGGCCUCCGGCCCCGGAGCCCGGCACUCCUCUGCGGUCUUCGCGCCGGGGCCUCGGCGGGUAACUCUUCCCCGGCCGCUUCACUGCGGCACUUACAAGUGAAGAAGCAGCACGACCUUUUGUCUUGGAUAAUUUCUAGUGGAGAGGCUCCAACAAUUUAGCAGCAGCCUCCUGGGCCUCCGGCACCCUUACCACAUUCUACGUCCUCAGGGGACAGCGGGCCUUUAGGAACAGACCCCUAAAAGCGUAGGUGGGCCAGCCAUGAGAGGGUACCUUGUGGCCAUCUUUCUGAGUGCUGUCUUCCUCUAUUAUGUGCUGCAUUGUAUAUUGUGGGGAACAAAUGCCUAUGGGGUGCCACCUGUGGAAAUGAAGAAGAGAAAUAAGAUCCAGCCUUGUUUAUCAAAGCCAGCUUUUGCCUCUCUCCUGAGUCAGAACUCUGCAUAUAUUUUAAGAAAAGGCAUUGAAGAACUCAGUCAGACCAGUAUUCUUUUCACACAGAUGGCUGUCACUGGUGUUUGCUGGUUUGUAAAUUUUGUGCCCCCCCUACUCCCCACCCAAAGCUGUUACAUAAUUUUGGUUUUACUGCUUGGAAAGCGUUUCCCUUCCAGGUUUCAUCAGUUUCACCCUUUUCUGUGUGCAGCUGAUUUUAAAAAUACUGCUUCCUUCUAUGGUAGCGAUAAGUUUGAUUUGCCCUAUGGGAUAAGAACAUCAGCCGAAUACUUUCGACUUGCUCUUUCAAAACUGCAGAGUUGUGAUCUCUUUGAUGAGUUGGACAAUGUGCCAUGUAAAAAAUGUGUGGUGGUUGGUAAUGGAGGAGUUUUGAAGAAUAAGACGUUAGGAGAAAAAAUUGACUCCUAUGAUGUAAUAAUAAGAAUGAAUAAUGGUCCUAUUUUAGGACAUGAAGAGGAAGUUGGGAGAAGGACUACCUUCCGACUUUUUUAUCCAGAAUCUGUUUUUUCAGAUCCCAAUCACAAUGAUCCUAAUACUACGGUGAUUCUCACUGCUUUUAAGCCGCUUGAUUUAAAGUGGCUGUGGGAAUUGUUGACAGGUGGCAAAAUAAACACUAAUGGUUUUUGGAAGAAACCAGCAUUAAAUCUGAUUUAUAAACCUUAUCAAAUCAGAAUAUUAGAUCCUUUCAUUAUCAGAACAGCAGCUUAUGAACUGCUUCAUUUCCCGAAAGUGUUUCCCAAAAAUCAGAAACCCAAACACCCAACAACAGGAAUUAUUGCCAUUACAUUGGCAUUUCACAUAUGUCAUGAAGUUCACCUUGCUGGUUUUAAGUACAACUUUUCUGACCUCAAGAGUCCUUUGCACUACUUUGGGAAUGCCACCAUGUCUUUGAUGAAUAAGAAUGCAUAUCACAAUGUGACUGCAGAGCAGCUCUUUUUGAAGGACAUUAUAGAAAAAAACUUUGUAAUCGACUUGACUCAAGAUUGACCCUACAGACUCAGAAGAUGAUGCUAACAGUAUUAGUUUUAUUUUUACACUGCAAUUUUUAGUUUAUUUUAAAAUAUGUUGGAUGUACUUGUCAAGAAAUUAAGUCUGUUGCUGCCUGGUGCUUCAUAACCACCAGCUUAAUUUCUGUGAAUAUAUUUAAUUUAUGGAAACCAAGACAUGGUAAGAUAUCAGGGAGAGUGAAUUUUUCAUUGCAUUGUUUUAAAAAUAAGCUAGUUUUCUGAGGUGUUUUUAAGUAUCUUUUUAUAGUUACUUCAUCUUAGACUUUUGAAGGGAUGUGACUUCCUAAUAAGUAAGGGGAUUUAGUUUACCACAGCAGAUUUUGAAUGUAACAUGACAUUUUGAGAGGUUUAUCUGCCUCCUGUAAACUGGUGGGGAGCUGGCAUGCAGCAGUGCCUUGAAUGUGGCAUACUGGAACCACUUCAGGCCUCUGUAUCUCCCUCUCUGGAUGAUUGAUUGGUUCCUUUUUGUUCUACCUGAGGAACCUGACUGGAAUCUUAAACCAGACCCUAAGCAUGGAUGAUUAGGGAAAUCUAAGAUCAUACUGGCUUAAUUAAGCAUUUUUUUCUUACAGUUAAGUUAAACCAUGAUUAUGAUGAAUAGUUUGGUAGAAUGAAGAUUUUUUUAAGUCGAAAGAAAUAGGAAAAAUAUGAAACUCUGGAUAAGUAAAUAACCAAAGAAAGAAUGCGAUUCCUAAAGUCUGGUGACUGCAUUAUUUUAAAGAAAUAAAGUUUAUACAAAGAAGCUGAACUAGGCAAGCUCAAGAGGGGGAAAAUUCUUAAAACAUUUUUUGCCUGGUUUAAUUUAUUCAUUAAAAUUUCCAAGUUUAUUGGAAGUCAAUUAGGAAAGACAUGAAUGAGUAAACCUUUAAGAAGAGUCAAGCUUUUUCUGGAUUUAAAUGGCAUUUUCAUGAAAAACCAGUUGUCCACAUGAUGAAAUCGCAUCUUCAAAUGGAAAGCUUACCUAGGGUGCACCAGAGAAGAGUGCUGUGGGAUGCAAACAAGCCAGCUGGACAAAAGUGGUGAGCUAGUCGUCUCCCUUUCCAUUUUAAUGUCUGACUAUAACCAAAGGCUAUGGGGAGGGAGGGGGACAAGGGGUGAAGAGAACAGUGGAGGUUAUAAGGCUGGAAUCAAAAGCUGUCAGAAGAGGUAGGAGUGGAAAGAACUGGCAUCUUUUGAACAAUAAUUAUCACUGGGAGACAGUGAUAAUUAUCACUAACUAGCCUGCAUCUCUAAAGAGAGAGUAUAACUAUUAGAUCAGAAACAGAAAUGACUGACAUACUUGAAAGUGGUGUAAGGGGGACAAAACUAGUAGCGGAUUUAACCCAGACCUAGACAAUAAAUAUGGACUCUGUUGUGUUAAUCCCAGCAUAUGUUUGCACCGUACCAGUCUUGUUUGAUUUUUCUGAUAACUUCUUUGAGGCGCAAAAGGCACAGCUGUUCAAUGUGAUCUUUCCCUCAUACCACACAGCCAUAGGCUGCAGCUGGGCUGCUGAAGCUGAGUUUGCUGUAAAGUAAUUCGGGCUUCAGAAAGGAUGGCGCUGGCUACAGAAAAAGUCAAUGUCAAAAACCAACGGUAGGGACUUCCCUGGUGGUGCAGUGCGUAAGAAUCCACCUGCCAAUGCAGGCAACAUGGGUUCGAGCCCUGGCCCGGGAAGGAUCCCACAAGACGCAGAGCAACUAGGCCCAUGUGCCACAACUACUGAGCCUGCGCUCUAGAGCCUGUGAGCCACAACUACUGAGCCUGCGCACCACAACUACUGAAGCCCACGCGCCUAGAGUCCAUGCUCUGCAACAAGAGAAGCCACUGCAGUGAGAAGCCCGCACACCACAUCCAAGAGUAGCCCCCGCUCACCGCAACUAGAGAAAGACCCUGCGCAGCAACGAAGACCUAAUGCAGCCAAAAAUAAAUAAAUGAAUUUAUAUAUAUAUAUUAAAAAAAAACCCAAAAUCCCCCACGGGUGGCAUUUUCAAAUGUUACUGUAAGUACUAUAAUAUUGGCCAUAAAAAAUCUGAUCUUAAAAUUGAGGGAUCUGGCAUUUUGCAUGGUAUGAGAAGGGUUACAAACCUCAAGGUUGUUUUAUUUAAGCAAAAAACAAAACCUGAACAAGACAUAUAUACAAUUUAUUAAAAACACACGAACACAUUAAAAUCUCACUAUUUAUACAAUCUAAAUUCUAGCAACAUAUACAAAUACUGAGUGACUACAGUACAUGCCGAGGUAAGAAAAGUACAUUCUGGGAGAAUAUCACUGACACUCAAGCCAUUUUUAUUUCCAAUACGUAUUUCAAUACAUGUUUUGUUUCUACCUUUCCCAGUGCCAAAAAAAGAAGAGGAGGAGAUGAGAAGAAACUAGUCACAAGUUGGAUUAAAUGAGAACUGGUGCCACAGUUGACCUAAAAGUAUCCAACUCUUCCUUAGAUUUUGCAGUUUAGGGACUUCAAGUUCAGAACUGAAAGGCAGAGCCAGUAGGUAAAAAAAAUUUUUUUUUUUAAUAAGCAGAGCUUCAUUGAUUUCUCUUAAGAGGGGCUGAAAAGCUUUUAUUGUCCCACCUAAUCUAUUCAUUCUUUCCAAUUGUAUUAUCUGACAUGGUGUUUAUGUAACCCUCUUGCUCUCCAGGUAACAAUGUGGAGCCCAGGGAAAGAAGUUCAAGCUUUAUCACAUUCCAUAGAAUUAUGGCCACAUUCAUAUUUAAACGAGCUCAUUUUCUGCUC